AUGAAGGAGUCCACCAUCUUAUUUAUUCUUGGAGUUUUUCUUUUUGCCGCGCCGAUGACCGACGCUUGGUGCGUGAAUUGGAUGUGCACGGCGGAGUGUAAUCUCCGAUAUAACCGAUCUGUGGUGAGUAAGAUAAACUCAAUGAUCUGUACAAAGAAUUGCAAUUUAAACUGGUUUGAUAACUGAUUUUCAUUUUGGCGCUAUGACUUUUCGGGUCGACGACAGUUCGGGUCAACGGUUUUAGGGAUCGCGUCGGUUCGUCGUUGUAUGCAUGAGGAGGCUAGGAGAAGGCUUAGUUAGUAGGUGUAAAAGAUUGAUCAGGCCUCACAUCAAUAAUAUCGAUAAAAGUUACGGAUCUUUCUUUUUUCCCGCAAAUUUUGGUCUUCUAUAUUUUACAACAACGUUACUUUUCAUCAGGGUAAUGAAAAGUAGCGUUGGUAAUAGCCAAAAUUAGAAGAAGUGGUGGACAUAUUGAAGAUCUCCGUCGAGCCUUCGUAGAGCGUUUGCCGACGGCGGGCGCACACUUGCGGGCAACCGCUUUGCGUGCAAAUUUUUUGCGGGCAGCCACUUUGCGGGCAGCCGACAUUUGCGGCCAGCACCGUCAUUUGCGGGCAGCCUGGGACAUUUGCGGGCAGGGUCGACAUUUGCGGGCAGCCUGGAAGAUUUGCGGGCAGCCGACAUUUGCGGGCAACCGACACCUGAUUGUGAGAGUAACAGGGUGGAGGUGGAAAAAUUACUAUGAUAUUAUACUUUGGAAAUUUGCCGACAUUUGCGGGCAGCCGACAUUUGCGGGCAACCCGCGCUUGAGGAUAACAACGUGGAGGUGGAAAAAUUACUGCGAUAUUUUGGAAGUUUUCCGCGGGCAGGCAAUACUUGCGGGGAGCCGACAUUUGCGGUGUUGACCAGAACUGUCGUCGACCCGGACGCUUUCGUUUCAGAUGAAGCACACCUUCAAAGGAACCUGCAACCACGGAAUGUGCUCUUGCUACUGCGUUACGCACAACCAAUGGGCGCCAUGUACAGGUCUGAGAGCUCAGACAAGUUAG